AGUUCUCCAGUUCCAACAGAAACCGGAUUUGGUCCUUUGGAUGCUUCGUAAAGUCUCGUAACUCGUACCUUAAUCUCUCCGGCGGGACGCUUCAAAUAAAGCCAUAAGGUCAAUAGACACACACACGGCCACUCUCUCCAUUUCUCACAAUGGCUGAUUUUACGGAAGAACUGGAGCCCCUUUUCGAUUACAGCCGCGUGCAGCCUCUCAAUGCCAUCUCCCUCGACGACGACGAUGAUCCGGAUUCUUCUCCUCCGGGCAAUAAGAGAAAGAAGGCCACCGAUUCAGCAGUUGAAAAGGUUGUUGAAAAAGCCAAUGUCGCAGUUACUGAGGACGAGGAGGAGGACUGGCUGAUUCCUCCUCCCAAAGUUGCUAGGACUCCGGGUGAUGAUUCCAUCUUAAAGGCCUUGAGGUUACAGAGGGCAUCAUUUGCUGAGUCGGCUGAAAAUGUGGUCCGGGCUGUGGAGGAGUCUGUGAGGCAAGAACUUCUUAAUUCUUCCCUCCAAACUUCGCCGGAUGCUGCAGCAGCUCCACCUCCAAAGCCCCAAGUUGAAAGAAACAAAGUGGUUAUAUCUGUUCAAGAUAAUGAUGGAAACAAGCAGUUCCGCGUGUUCGCGGAUGACAAGCUUGGUCGGGUAUUCAAACUGUAUGCAGAUAAAGCUAAGCUGGACAUUCAGAGUUUAGUUUUUAAGUUUGAUGGAGAUAAAAUACCUACAGAGGCAACACCUCAAGAUCUGGGGAUGGAGGAUGAUGAUAUUAUCGAAGUACAUCAUAUGGCAAACAAAAAAGGUGUUUCUUCCACCAAGGCAACUCGAUGACCCCAAAUGCUCCGUUUUAAUGGUUGAUGUAUUACUGUAACAACUAUGCGUGUGCUUUCUCCCCAAUUGUAUAGUUGUAGUUCACAUUCAGAAACUUCUUCAGAAUUCUUUACAGGAACAAGUACAAGCUAUAAAGACAUAGCUUGGCUGCUUAAGGAAAGGAAAAACACAUCCUUGUACAAGAUUUUUUCUGAUUAACAGACUAGUUCUUUGUGUCA